CAUAUUUCUCCAAACGUCAGCUCGGACUAGAUUUAUGAAAAACUACUCGGUUCAUAAGGUUUUAUAUUGUCAGGCUUGCUCGGUUAAUUUAUAUCAGAUUUUUGGGGUUUUACUUUUCAAACAAAUGUUAAUGAUUCACCAAUAGAAAACACAAAUCUCGUAAGUUGAUAAGAGCUGUAAACCGCUACUGAGUGUGGUUUCUUUGUGGCGACAGUCAGCCAGGGUUCCAUUCAUAGCCAACCAAUCAGAGUGCAGUUUGUAGGGCAACGCGGCCAAUAGCAGGCGCUGUUAUUGUUUAGCUCCGAUGCGUCUACGGAGAGACAGUAGCAAGUGGGCCGCUUUGUUGCUAACACAAUUCAUUCAUGUUUUUGCUUAUUUUAUUAUUAAAUUAAGAUAAAGUUUCGCUCGCCGGAGACGGAUUUUGUUCGAAAUACAGCGCACGGGUUUUUGUUUAGCGGAAAAUUAAGUGAAAGUGGCUCUUUAAUUAGCUAAACGUGUGUUGCUGGGCUUGGGCUACAUUGUUAGCAACUAGGCGCCGUUUGACAACAGCGCUAUUCGGGCACGUUGUCUGUGUUGUUGUCUGAGAGAAGAGCCAGGUACGCUUUCAACAUCCUUAAGCCCAAAAAAAAUCAAAAUCAAACACAAUCUCUAUAAGCCAUGGCUGAAUUCCUUGAAGAUCCGUCGGUCCUCACCAAGGAUAAGCUCAAGAACGAGCUGCUGGCCAACAAUGUGGCUCUGCCGAGCGGGGAGCACAAGAAGGAAGUGUACAUCCAGCUCUACCUCAAGAACCUGACCGCGCUGAACACCAAGAGCAGCCCGCCACCCCCGGACCCCUUCUCCAGCGACGAUGAGCUCCCCACCCCCGUGGUCUCCAACAGAAGCCGCUCUGGGAGAGCCGCAAGGAAGACGGACAGGCCUCGCACUGAGGAGACAGACGUGACCGAAAUUACGGAUGAAGACUUGAGGGAACAGCUGGUAAAGCAUGGCGUUAAUACUGGACCCAUUGUGGCUUCCACUCGUAAAUUGUAUGAGAGGAAAUUGCAGAAGGUUUUGGAUGAGCCCCCAUCUGACAGUCCUACUGUUACAGAGGCUGUCCCAGAGAUCACCGCCCUGGCAGACACUAACCAGAACGGCAACACCCAUACUGACCAGUACAGUGACAAGGAAGACGAGGAGAUGGGUGCUCCUGAGCCUCCGCCUGUUGUAGAGAAAGCCAUAAGGAGCCGCGGCAAAAUCCCCGUCACCACCAGGACCAGCAGCAGAAGGCAGACCAAGGUGGUGGAGGAGACCCUGGCUAGCGGGGACCAGACGCCUACCAAAGGCAGCGAGAGUGUGGUGGAAGAUAUCCUUGCCAAUGAAUUCAGCACGCCCAUGGGCAUCAGCGCCACCUGCAGGCGGCCCAUAAGAGGCGCGGCGGGCCGACCGCCGAAGCCCAGCGAGUACUGGCUGGACGAGUCCCUCCUGAAGCGCAGCGCCCAGAGGGAGAGCCGCCCCUUCAGCUCCGAGUCCCUCUCCAGAGGCUGCGGGGACGCCGCCUCAGAGGGCUCGGGUGGGAAGGCGGCCUGCUGCGGCGGCAGCGGCGGCGGCUUCCUGUGCGGCGUCCUGCGCUCGCUGCUGCGGCUGCUGCUCCUGGCGGCGGUGGCGGGCGCCGUCUGGUACGCCUACACCCACCUGGACGCCAAGCGGGUGGGCACGGAGCUCAGGGGCCUCCUGGACAGCGUGGUCACCCCUCUCCAGGGGGCGGUGGACCACGCUGUGGCCCACCUCGGCCUCGGCGCCGCCAGCACCGCGGACGGAGCCGGCAAGUAAGGACACCAGCACCCCCGCCCAGCCCAGCCCAGCUCCCCUGCCCCCCCCCCCCCCCCCUUCCAUCGCCACGCCCUGUGUCAUUUCCUGCCAUGCGUCGACCGCAGCGCAGCAGUUAACCUGGAUAACCUCAUUUGAUAAAUCGUUAAAUCAAGGACACCGUUUUACGCGGGUGGACUCUUUCUCACGCCGCUAAUUUGUGCAAGCUUUUUAUUUUUUCAUUUCUUUCUCCUGUUAUCUCUUUCAGCUUUUGGUAUUAAAAAAAAUAACAGGAAGGGGGAAAGAACCACAUAUUUUAGGAUGUUUUUAAUCCGUGUGAAUUGUUUGUCUUUGUCUCCAUCUUACCCGUAUGUGUAGAAAUAGGCGGAGAAGGAAAAUGGCAGUUAUUAUUGCAUGUUUGUAUUUUUUCGAGAGGCCAUCGGUCUGUAACGGCCGCGUCGAGGCUUAUUCUUUCUGACUGCGCGACGCCGGACACUGUGGGCAGCACCUGGUGCCCCCCCCCCUAGCCCCCCACCCCCCACCGCCUCCUAUUUUCAAAGCACACCGUGAUGCUACUAACCACAGCGUCUCUACAUGUGUUUUCUAUGUAGACCAUAAUUUGAAUCUACUGUAGUUGUAGAGCUAGAUAGAACGCCUCAUUAUCGCCGCCGGGCGCAGGCCGGCCCCGCUUGACCUGCGCCCGGCGGGGCACGGGAGCAUACUAACCGAUGUACAAGAUGUGAUGUUUUACGUUCGGUGACUAGUCACCGGCAAUGCUCGGCUGAACGCUGGCCUCAAGGCUAGCCUGAUAGAACGAGCAGAAGUAAGGACGCGAGCAUCGGCGCGUAGGGCUCGAGAUUUUACACUGCCAAGAGGCGAUGCCGUCGAAAUCUCGAUUUUGAAUUGAACGCAUACAUUCUAAUAAUGUGCCCAAAUGCCAUUGGUUAAAGGAAACGCGUUUUUGAAUCUGUACCACGCGGCGGUACGUACAGGAUGUGCAGCCCUGCCCGAGUGCCCAUGUGAGUUGACAUGCAUUGGUUUUAGUGCUUUGUUGUGCUUUUUGAAAAGGUUUCUGAUCCUUCAGUCCCAUCGGCAGGACUGGCUGAGCAGUGCACCCACAUAAUCCAUCUCCCUGCCCACAGAGCCACGGAGGAAGCUCCACACGGUGGACUUUCCCUUUCACUCUUGACUAAGGCUGCCUAAUGUAAAUCAGAACAAUUUUAACAAAUUGUCGGCGACACGGGUCCUGGACCCCCACAAAGAGGAGAGCUUGUUUGGGUGCACGGAGGGUGCGUUCCAAAAGAAUAGGUAUCUUUGUUUGUAUUUUCAUAAUUUUCUAAUGCGGUGCGUUGAGACUAUUUUAUAAAAGCCAUGUACUAAGUGAAAGCAGUAUGUACAUGGACCCGGAGAAACACAUUUGAUUUGGUCUUUCAUAUGGCAGCUAAUUGGGAUUAUGUGGGUAAGGAUUUCAAAUCUGUUUUUAUUUAUGAUGAUGUAGAUGGUAUAUCAUGAAAUAAACUUGGUAAUUUAGA